AUGGGGUUCUUCAGUCCAGGUGAUUCGGAGAAUCGCUAUGUGGGUAUAUGGUACAAGAACAUAUCUGUUAGGACUGUGGUGUGGGUAGCUAACAGAGAAGCUCCUUUGACUGGUGCAUCAAGUAUCUUGAAAGUAAUUGAGCCAGGAAUUCUUGUCCUUGUCAAUGGUACUAACAGUGUUGUAUGGUCAACUAAUACCUCUAGAUCUGUGCAGAAUUCUGUUGCACAAUUGCUGGAUUCGGGGAAUCUUGUUGUGAAACAAGCUGAUGAUGAUAACCCAGGAAAUUUCCUCUGGCAGAGUUUUGAUCACCCAAGUGAUACACUAUUACCAGGCAUGAAGCUCGGUUGGAACUUUAUAACUGGCCGAGAGGUGUACUUGUCAUCAUGGAAGAACGAGGAGGAUCCAGCUCCUGGUGAUUAUACAUAUCAUUGUGAUCCUUCUGGAUAUCCACAAAACAUCCUGAAGAAGGGUUCAGAUGUUGUGUAUCGGUCUGGACCGUGGAAUGGUCUUCAUUUUAGUGGGGCAAUUAGCUCAAGAGACAGUCCUUUGUAUACAUUUGGGAUAUUCUCAAGUAAGACGGAUGUGUAUUUUGGAUUUUAUCUCACAUCUUCGGUUAUCACAAGGUUGACACUAAGUCAGAAUGGUGCAUUACAGCGUUGGAUUUGGGGUGACCGUGCACAGGAUUGGAUCCCUUACCUCUCAAUACCCACAGACAACUGCGAUGUUUACAAACUCUGUGGCGCAUAUGGUAGCUGCAACAGUCAAAAUUCUCCUGUAUGUGGAUGCUUAGACAAAUUUGUGCCAAAACAUGAUGAAGAUUGGCAAAAGGCAGAUUGGUCAAGUGGCUGUGUUAGGAGGAUUGAACUAAACUGCCUCCAGGGAGACAUAUUUUUAAAGUAUUCGCAUAUGAAAUUGCCAGACACACGAAAUUCCUGGUCCAAUGUGACUAUGACACUAGAAGAAUGCAAGACUAUAUGCUCUAGAAAUUGCUCUUGUAUGGCUUACUCAAAUAUUGACAUACGCAAUGGAGGAAGUGGAUGCUUAUUGUGGUUCAAGGAUCUGCUUGACAUUCGACAGCUAUCUAAAGAGGGACAAGAUAUCUAUAUAAGAAUAGCUGCUUCGGAAUUAGAUAGUCUGGAGAAAUCAGAUGGUGAAAAAGGAAGAGCACUAUACUGGAUUCUUCCAUUAUCCGUUAGUUUAGUUCUAGUAAUCCUUAGCAUAUUGCUGAUAUGCCACAGAAGAAGGAAGAAGGCUUUAAAGCUUACAACGAAAGCUGCAGAAAAAUCGAGAUACAGCGGAAGUAUCAAGCAGGAUUACAACAGUGGUAGUUGCACUGAAGAAUUUGAGAUACCACUGUUUGACUUAUCUACCAUAACUAAGGCUACCGAUAACUUUUCAGUAAACAGAAAGAUUGGAGAGGGGGGCUUUGGUCCUGUUUAUAAGGGAAUACUUGAAAAAGGACAAGAAAUAGCUGUCAAGCGGCUGUCUAAAACAUCCACGCAAGGAGAAGAUGAGUUCAAGAACGAAGUGGUAUAUAUUGCCAAACUUCAGCAUAGAAAUCUUGUGAAGAUUCUUGGAUGUUGCUCUGAAGGAGAAGAAAAAAUGUUGAUAUAUGAGUACUUGUCAAACGGAAGUCUUGAUUCAUUUAUAUUUGGUGGCAGACAAAGCAGGAUAUUAGACUGGUCUGAGCGAUUUCACAUUAUCAAUGGGAUUGCUCGGGGACUUGUGUAUCUGCAUCAAGAUUCUCAACUGCGGAUAAUUCAUAGAGACCUGAAAGCUACUAACAUCUUGCUAGACAAUGAUAUGAAUGCAAAGAUAUCAGACUUUGGUAUAGCAAGAUGCCAUGAAGAGGAUGGUAAUGAAGCCAUGACAAACCGAGUUAUUGGAACAUACGGGUACCUCUCACCAGAAUAUGCGCUAUAUGGGCAAUACUCUGUAAAAUCAGAUGUGUAUAGCUUUGGUAUCUUAGUACUGGAAAUUGUGAGUGGAAAAAGCAACAGACGAUUCGCUCCUUCAAACCUUAACCGUAGUCUAAUUGGGCAUGCAUGGGAACUCAACAAGGAAGGUAGGUCAAUAGAACUACUUGAUGAACGCGUAGGUGAUUCUUGUUCUACACCUCAAGAAGUGGUACGAUCAAUUGGUGUUGGUCUAUUAUGUGUCCAAGAACGUCCAGAUGAUCGUCCAAGUAUGUCUUCCGUAGUUCUAAUGUUAAACAAUGAAGGUACGCUGCCUCAGGCUAAACUACCAGCUUUUUACAUGGAAGGAGAUGCAUCAGAUACUGAAUUACAUUCUAGCCAAUUUGCACAUAGUACAACGGGUGACACCCCGUUAGAAAUUAGAUGAAAAGCAGAGAACACUAGUUAACUUGUUUGAAACAAUUUCUUUCCAAGCUUGCAGUCUAACAAAAUAUAGUUGACUCUUCCUCUCAGAAUAUAUAUUUGACAUUUUUUCCA